GGCACCUGGCUGAGUCACAUUGGGGCCUCCCUCCCAGAGCUCCGUGUCCCUGAUCCGGUCCUGCAUAAUCAAAUAUAACAAAGUGCAGAUAACUGGGACAAUGGGGCUGUGUGCUCUGGGCCGUGGGAGCCCAGGGCCGCCACAGGCGUGGGCCGAGUAGGGAACAGCGCUGCCAGGGGCGGGAUUUCGAGAAAUCUGAGUGUGGUCGGACGGUCAGCUGGCGCCAGAGUGGUCCACGGAGCAAGGGAAGCCGCAGCGCGCGAUAGCUCCGGGCCGAAGAAGCCGAGGCGGGGCUGGGGUCUCGGCGGUGGGAGCCGGGUCGGAUCAGGGCGUGGCUUGGAACUCGGCGACGGAUUGGACACGAGGAAGCGGGAGGGGUGGGGCCGGGGCGGGGGCGCGGACCCUGAGACCACCCGGAGGUGGGCCCUGGCGGCGCGAGGUCACGGCGGGAAUUCUCCGGCAGCAAGUGGCUCAGCCCCGCGAAGGCCCAAAACUGCGGGCGCAUGAGAUGGUCAAGAUGGGCCAGUGCUACUACAACGAGACCAUUGGCUUUUUCUACAACAACAGUGGCAAGGAGCUGAGCUCCCACUGGCGGCCCAAGGAUGUGGUUGUGGUGACACUGGGGCUGACUGUCAGCGUGCUGGUGCUACUGACUAACCUGCUGAUCAUCGCAGCCAUCGCCUCCAACCGCCGCUUCCACCAGCCCAUUUACUACCUGCUUGGCAACCUGGCCGCAGCUGACCUCUUUGCUGGUGUAGCCUACCUCUUCCUCAUGUUCCACACGGGCCCGCGCACAGCCCGGCUCUCACUGGAGGGCUGGUUCUUGCGACAGGGCCUGUUGGACACAAGCCUAACGGCAUCCGUAGCCACGCUGCUGGCCAUUGCCGUGGAACGGCACCGCAGCGUGAUGGCCGUGCAGCUGCACAGCCGCCUGCCCCGAGGCCGGGUCAUCAUGCUUAUCGUGGGCGUGUGGGUGGCGGCCCUGGGCCUGGGGCUGCUGCCUGCCCACUCCUGGCACUGCCUCUGCGCCCUGGACCGCUGCUCACGCAUGGCCCCCCUACUCAGCCGCUCCUACCUGGCCGUCUGGGCCCUGUCCAGCCUGCUCGUCUUCCUGCUCAUGGUGGCUGUCUACACGCGCAUUUUCUUCUAUGUAAGACGGCGGGUUCAGCGCAUGGCAGAGCAUGUCAGCUGCCACCCCCGCUACCGUGAAACCACGCUCAGCCUGGUCAAGACUGUUGUCAUCAUCCUGGGGGCGUUUGUGGUCUGCUGGACGCCGGGCCAGGUGGUGCUCCUUCUGGAUGGUCUGGGCUGCAAGUCUUGCAACGUCCUGGCUGUGGAGAAGUAUUUCCUACUCUUGGCCGAGGCCAACUCACUGGUCAACGCUGUGGUAUACUCAUGCCGAGAUGCUGAGAUGCGCCGCACCUUCCGCCGCCUCCUCUGCUGUCUGUGCCUCCGCCGAUCCACCCACGAGUCUGCUCACUACACAUCCUCCACCCGGACAGGCACCAGCACUCGCAUCAUGCUUUCCGAGAAUGGCCAUCCCCUGAUGGACUCCACCCUGUAACGAACCUUGGACAUCAGAGAGUACAAUGAAUGCCAGAUCGAAACCCCUGGCCACUUGUGGAUGUGCCUGGCUCUACCCAACCCGCGGGCCAGACUUAAAUGCAGACUUUCAGCCCAGAAUGGCAUGGAACCACUGCCAGCCCCUACCUGGGCACAUAACUGUGCCUGCCCCAGGGCUUGGGAGUUUGAAGUCAUCUAAGCACACAGGAGAGAGUUAGGUGGGGUGCAGGAAUCUGCCUGUUCAAUCAUCUCAGGUUGUGGGGCUUUUUAACAGACGUUUUUCUAUUUUUACUGCACAUCCCUGGUAAACCCUGUGGACUGCUUCCUUGUCCCUGGUGGUGUGGGUGAUAAAACUGGGAAAGAUGAGGUCUCUCUCAGGCCCCACUGUCCAGUGCAACAGGGUAACAAGGACGGACUAUGGAUGCUCCAUCUGCCUGAGGCUGAUUGUUUAGGAGCACAGACUGAGGAGUGCUGAGUGUCAGCUGGGAAAGGUUUUUGGCCCCUUGCAGCCUCCAGGGCUCUUGUCUGUCCCCAUUAGAACUGAGGGGGGUCUACAAGGAGGACAUGAUAUAAGGAAUAAACCUUUCUUUCCACUCUGA